GGAAAAAAUGGUUCGAAUUAGAAUAAAAAAUAGUUAGAUCCCUUCAAAUGUAACCGAAAAGAGGUCUAUAUAAGUGAAUGUAAUGUAAAGAAGAUUUACUCGAUCAUUAUAGAAAUGUGCAAGUAAUGAAGCCAUGAAAGGAACUCAUGCGCCUCGCUCAAGCUCAUCCUGUGCAGCUUGCAAGUUGUUGAAGAGGAGAUGCGUCCCAACCUGCAUAUUUGCACCGCAUUUUCGCUCCGACGAGCCGUUGAAGUUUGCCAAAGUUCACAAAGUGUUUGGGGCAAGCAAUGUGAGCAAGAUCCUUAGUGAAGUGCCUGAGGAGCAGAGGGAGGACACCGUAAGUUCACUCGCGUAUGAGGCCGAGGUGAGGCUCAGAGACCCUGUUUAUGGUUGCAUUGGCGCCAUAGCUAUGCUGCAGGGAAAGAUGGUGGAGCUUCAACAUGAUCUUGCCAUUGCUAGAGCUCGUCUCUCUUCUUAUGGCCAUCCAACUUCAUCAGUUUCUUCUACUUCUGCGUCUUCUUAUGCAAUGUUAGAGGAUCACCUUGGUGAGGCUAACUUCGCUGGUUUUCCUGCUUGUAGUGGAUUUAGCAAUGGCUUCAGUCAGAGCUCAACUGAAUUUAUAAGCCAACAUGGAACAACCGGUGGUUUUAGCUAUCCCCCAUAUAUACAAUAAACUCUGAUCUCUCUGUUUCCUCUCCUUCUUGAGAUGUUAAUACUUUGUGAUCAUAAUCAGUAACCAGAUAGAGCAAUCCUGUGGCUACCAAGAAGAAGAAAAAAAAAAUUAGAAGUUCAGAACAGUUCUGUAAACCCAGCAAGAACUUGCUUUAACAUGAAUUGUAAUUUUGUUCUGUAUAGUUCUUUAUACUAAUUUACUUUAGAU